CCCCAAAAGCCAAAAGCACCAUGGGAGAGAGCAAAGCAAAAGCACCAAAGAUUCAAUUUCCGAUUAAAUGUUUUCCCCAAAUUCUAUUUUUCUCCCCAUAAAACCUAGAAAUUGAAAUUGUUGCCAAAUUUGGGGAAAUUAGGGGUUGCUAUUGAAGGGGGUUCCGUUCCAGAUCGAAACGGUGCGCUGCAUGAGAAGGAAGACGACAGUGGGGGAGAGGGCGGAGGAAGAAGAGAGAGUGUGAGAGAAGGCAAAACAUGUCUGCCAUCGUGUGCGGGAAGAGAUCAUCGAUUUUCGGAGACAACUCGCUGCCGUCGACUUCCCCUCCCGUCUCCUCCGCUUCCAAGAGAAUCCGCUGCUCCUCUUCUUCCUCCCCGGUUCGCUUCUCUCCUCCCUCCACGACGUCGUUUUCUGCAUCGCAUUUGAUCGAACACCUCAGGGCCGUUUUCCCGGGCAUGGACAACCAGCUUCUGGAGAGAGCACUUGAAGAAUGUGGUGAUGAUUUGGAUUCGGCUAUCAGAAGUUUGAAUGAGCUACGUUUAGGUUCUGCUGCAGGAAAAUCUGAUAUGGCUUCAGAAGCAAACGUGCAACUCCAAUCACAGGGUGCGGUAGCAACAAAUGGAGAGGUUGCAGUUACUGAUGAUCCAUCAGUGCAAAAUAACCUUCCCACGGAUGGAGCAGAGUGGGUGGAGCUCGUUGUCAGAGAGAUGAUGAGUGCCUCUAACAUGGAUGAUGCCAAAACUCGUGCCUCAAGAGUGCUUGAGGCUUUGGAGAAGUCUAUUAGUGAGCGUGCAACCGCAGAAGUAGCCCAAAGCUUUCGCCAGGAAAAUAUGAUGCUGAAGGAACAAUUGGAAGCUAUUAUUCAGGAAAAUACAAUUUUAAAGCGAGCUGUAUCCACUCAGCAUGAACGGCAGAAGGAGUUUGAAGAUAGAGGCCAGGAAUUGCAGCAUCUGAAGCAACUGGUGGCCCAGUACCAGGAACAGUUGAGAACCCUCGAGGUGAACAACUAUGCACUUACAAUGCACCUAAAGCAGGCACAGCAAAGUAGCUCCAUUCCAGGUCGUUUUCAUCCGGAUGUUUUCUAAAGAAUUUGUACAAGGAUAAAUGUUUCUUCGGCUUUGUGGAUGGAUUAUGUGCCUUCUUGUGGUAGUUUUAAUGACAUGAAGGCAGUUCAAUGUGGAUUAUGCUGUGUUGAUUGGGAAGCGUCCAUGCAGCGUCUUUCCUCUGUACGAUGACGAUGGAGUUUCGCUCAAACUCGGUCAGGGUGAUAUGUUCCGAUUGCCAUUCGGCCCAUGUCUUUAAUUCGGAAUUACUUUGAUGUGCAUAAUGUUAUCUAGGUUUUAUAGGACAGAAACAUUUGGUGAUUUAAUUUUUCCUUUACACUUCAGUAAAAGAUAAUGUAUGCUUUAAACCAUGUCAUUCAGUCGAAUUUCCGAAUUCUUGUAACA